GGGGUAGGACCCUUCAAUACUGACACCACACUGAUCUACAGUAAAGUCUUCACCAACACUGGCAGCGCCUACAACCCAACUACAGGUACUGACCACACUAAUCCAACACACACUGAAUCCAGCUACGGUCCAGUAUUACUAACAGUGUCUAUGAGAGACGGACAGUGCUGAUCUCUCCCUGCUUCUCCUCUGAUACAGGUAUCUUCACAGCAACAGUGAGAGGAGUCUACUAUCUCAGAUUAUUGGGUGGCUGGAGUCUUUGACAAUUCUUUGGGCCUUCCUCUGACAGCACCUGGUAUAGGGGUCCUGGAUGGCAGGGAGCUUUGCCCCAGUGAUGUACUGGGUCGUACUCACCACCCUCUGUAACGCUUUGUGGUCGAGUGCCUUGCAGUUUCCCUAACAAGCGGUGAUGCAGCCAGUCAAGAUGCUCUCAAUGGUGCAGCUGUAGAACAUUUUGAGGAUCUGAGGGCCCAUGCCAAAUCUUUUCAGCCUCCUGAGGGCGAAGAGGCUCUGUCGUACCCUCUUCACAACUGUGUGUGUGGACCAUGUUAAUACCUUAGUGAUGUGGACUUGAAGCUCUCGCCCCGCUCCACUACAGUCCCAUGGAUGUGGAUGGGGGCGUGAUCACCCCUCCAUUUCCUGUAGUCCACUAACAGCUCCUUUGUCUUGCUGAUGUUGAGGAAGAGGUUGUUGUCCAGGCACCACACUGCCAGGUGACCUCCUCCCUAUAGGCUACCUCAUCAUCAUCGGUGAUCAGUCCUAACACCGUUGUGUCGUCAGAAAACUUGAUGAUGGUGUUGGAGUCGUGCGCAGCCACACAGUCAUGGGUGAACAGGGAGCACAGGAGGGGACUAAUCACACACCCCUGAUGUGAGUGCUAUGGAGCGAUAGUCAUUUAGGCAGGUUACCUUGGCGUUCCUGGACACAGGGACUUUGGUUGUCUGCUUGAAAUAAGUUUGUAUUACAGACCGUGUCAGGGAUAGGUUGAAAAUGUCAGUGAAUACACUUGCCAGCUGUUCAGCGCAUCCUCUGAGUACACAUUCUGGUAUUCUGUCUGGCCCUGCGGCCUUCGAAUGUUAACCUGUUUAAAGGUCUUACUCUCAUCGGCUACAGAGAGCGAGAUCACACAGUCAUCUGGAACAGCUGGUGCUCUCAUGCAUGGUUCAGUGUUGAUUGCCUCCAAGCGAGCAUAGACGACACUAGGUGAAAAAUCUGUCGAUGUGCCCUUAAGCAAGGCACUUAACCCUAAUUGCUCCUGUAAGUCGCUCUGGAUAAGAGCGUCUGCUAAAUGACUAAAAUGUAAUGUAAAUGUAGCUUGUCUGGUACGCUCGCAUCGCUGUGCAGCUCAUGGCUGGGUUUCCCUUUGUAAUCCAUGAUAGUUUGCAAGCCCUGCCACAUCCGUCAAGCAUCAGAGCCGGCGGAGUAGGAUUCAAUUUUAGUCCUGAAUUGACACUUUGCCGGUUUGAUGGCUUGUCGGAGGUCGUAGCGGGAUUUCUUAGAAGCGUCCUGAUAAAUGAGGUCAGUUCAUUGGAGGAUCAACAGCUUUUGUUAAUUGAUUUGUUCCUACAUUUCCAGCACAAGCAUCUGAACUGUCAGCCAUGGGGGCCAGAGUGACAGCCAGUGAGAAGGAGGUGGAGGAGCAGAAAAAGAAGGUGACGGCUCUUAGAGAGGAGCUGAGUGUCACCAAGACUGAACUGCAGCUCCAGAAGAACAAGGUGGAGGAGCUGGAGAAAGACAAUGCAGGUAAUGCACCAUUAUAUAUGAACAUUAACACUUGUUUAGUUCAUUGUGAAGUCAGUACAGUAAAAUAUCUACAGAUUUUUGAGAAAAUGUUUCCCAUGAUUCCAGGACAAGCAGCUGAACUGUCAGCCAUGGGGUCCAGAGUGACAGCCAGUGAGAAGGAGUUGGAGGAGCUGAAGACAGAAUGCAGGUAAUAUUAUAAAGCCACAUCACACAUAAUCAAUGUGUAAGAAUACGGUUGAAAUGACAUUUAUUUGUUUAUGUUUAAUACUUGAUCAUAAUUUAACUGAUUGUUCCUUUAGAACUGUCUGUUUAGUUAAUUGUGUUUGCUUUCAAGUGAUGUUAGCACCGGAGGCCAGAGUGACAGCAAGCGAGAGUGGGAACGCAGGUAAGGAAAAGAGGUGAUUCACUAUAAUCGUUUGCAUAAGAAUACUGUAUGUGGGUGUGAUGGAGUGGGUUUGAACCUUGGUUCUCAGUCAAGGUUACUCAUCACAGGAGCGUGGCUCAACAGACCAUCUCCAUUACAUAGGUUAACUAAGUUCAAGUUAACUAAUGGUGAUUAAAUCUCAUUGUUACUUAAUGGUCUGAUCAACAUUUUUGAUUAACUGAAAUUUAAUUCCCUUUUAUAAAAAAAUAAGAAGUGAUAUUUGGUUUUCAUUGUGUUGUGUUUUUUAAUUUUUUUUAUUGUCUAUUAAUGCUUCUCUUCAUGUUGUUUCAGACCUGGAGGCCAGAGUGACAGCCAGUGAGAGUAAAUCUAGUGCCUUCGAAAAGUAUUCAGACCUGUUUACUUUUUCCAUAUUUUGUUAGGUUACAGCCUUACUCUAAAAUUGAUUAAAUUGCUUUUUCCCCCUCAUUAGUCUACACACAAUACCCCAUAAUGACAGAACAAAAACAGUAUUUUAUAAAGUUUUGCUAAUUUAUAUUUGAAAACCCCCGGAAAUAUCACAUUUGCAUAAGUAUUCAGACCCUUUACUCAGUACUUUGUUGAAGCACCUUUGGCAGCGAUUACAGCCUCGAGUCUUCUUGGGUAUGAUGCUACAAGCUUGGCACACCUGUAGUUGGGGAGUUUUCCCAUUCUUCUCUGCUGAUCCUCUCAAGCUCUACCCCUACCUACAUGUACAGUACAUAUUACCUCAAUUACCUCAACUACCUCGUAUCUCUGCACAUUGACUCGGUACCGGUGCUCCUUGUGUAUAGCCUCGUUAUUGUUAUUUUACUGUGUUACUACAACUUUUUUUACUCUGCGUUGUUAGGGCAUUUCACAGUAAAGUCUACACCUGUUGUAUUCAGCCCAUGUGACAAAUAAAAUGUGAGUUGAACACAAUCUGGAUCCAGCUAUAGUUCAGUAUUACUAACAGUGUCUAUGAGAGAUGGACAUUGCUGAUAUCUCCCUGCUUCACUUCUGAUGCAGGUAUCUUCACAGCAACAGUUAGAGGAGUCUACUGCAUCAGAUUCACUGCCAUCGAGCUCCGCAAUGACCAAUGGAUGGCUGUUUACCUUUACCACAAUGACAAGAGACUGAUGUAUAGCAAUGACCAGGAUGAUGGGUAUAAUGAGUACAUAUCUAAUCUAAUCUAAUCUAGAGCUGGAGGAGGGGGUGUGGUCUACAUGCGUCUCCCCUCAGGCCAGGGGCUCUAUGAUAGUAAUAAUAACCACAACACCUUCAGUGGCUUCCUUCUCUGCCCUGUG